ACGAUGUGGUUAUCGUGGAGAGACAAAGAGCUACAAUCAAAGAGAAGCAAAUGGGAGAGAAACUUCACAGAAAUAUUGUAAAAUAUAUGUCUCAGAGAAAAUAAUAAUUGAAGAAAUUGUGCAAAAUAAUCUGUUUUAAAGAACUUGAAAAUGAGUUCGCCUACGCAAUGGAAUGCUGAAACUGCAUAUGUUUUGACGCUUUAUAAAUAUCUCCUUGGUAUACUGGGACUCUGGGUCUUGAAUGAAGAAAAUGUAUUCUCUAGAAUUCGAUGGUUUAUAUCAACAAUGGUGGAGAUGACUGCAACAGUCAGCCUAUCACUGGAAGUCAUUCGACAUUGUCAUGGUUACGAGGAUGCUUUCGACGCUUUUCUAUCAGCCUCCUCAUCCGUGAUUAGCAUAUCGAAACUGCUCUUGCAUCGUGUGACUUGGAGACAUAAAUUGAUUCUGGUGCAAGCCAUCAUUCACGAUUGGACUUUUGUCAAGACUCCUCGCUCACGUGAUAUAAUGCUAAAAUACGCUCGCACAGGUAGAUUUGGCUCGUUGGUAUUUUUUUAUCUUGGUUGCGCCUCCUGCGUGUUCCUUUUUUCGUCCCUUAUAUUCGCUAAUUUCGAUCUACCCUGGAUUUCCUUGGAAAAGGAGACUUACAAUCAAACGAGCGAAAGAAGAUUGCUUUUAGCGGCCUAUUGUGUGUUUGAAACAUAUACAUUCUUCGCUUACUUCUUCAUUGAAGUCCUGCAGACGCUACAAAUCCUUGUCAACUGUAUCUCACAGUGUGGAAACGACGGGUUCUUCUUCGAUCUUACGAUGCAUGUGUGCGGACAAUUCGAGGUUUUGCGAAUGGACUUUAUUGAAAUAAAUAACAAACAAUCGCUUUCCCACAAUAAACUUAGUAUCCUGUUAAAGAAACAUCACCGUCUCAUAGAUCUGGCGCAUAAUCUGCAAAAAGCAUAUAGCUUGGUCAUUUUAUCGCAGCUGUUAAUGAGUGUCAUGCUUUUAUGCGUCGAAGGUUUCCAAUUAAUUCUCACACUUUCUAUAAACAAUACAUUUGCCGCUAUGAAACAUCUUCUUUUCAUCGUCGUGCUGCUGGUACAACUUUUUAUCUAUUGCUUCGCCGGACAAACAUUGGAGUUUCAAUCGCAAGAACUUGCCUACGCUAUUUAUGAGACACCAUGGUAUAAUUUUGAUAUAAGUGUGAUGAAAGAUUUGCCAUUAAUGAUACUUCGCGCAGCUAAUCCCCAUCAGUUAACUGCAGGAAAACUUCUAGCAAUAAAUUUCCAGAGUUUUAAAGAAAUUCUGAAGGCUUCCGCUUCGUAUUUGUCCGUGUUAAGGGUAAUGCUGGACACGUGAGAUAUUUUUAAGAAUA